UCCAAGCACGUUCGGUUCCCCGCUGCACCUCACUCACUCACGAGUUUCUCGAUCCACCAAACUUACGCCAUGUUCGCCAAGUCCGUUGUCGUAACCCUCAUCUUCGCCCUCGGCGUCCUCGCGCAGGACUCCUCAUCCGCGUCGGGCAGCGGGAGCGCGACGGGCUCGAGCGCGGCGCCGACGAGCACCGCGGGCAUCGACUCGUGCAUCCUCCAGUGUGUCACGCAGGCGGCGAGCGCGGGCGGUUGCUCGUCCGUCACGGAUCUGAGCUGCGUGUGCAUGAGCACGCAGUUCCAGGGCGCGGCGCUGUCGUGUCUCCAGGCGAACUGCACGAGCUCGGACGUGUCGGCGGCGACACAGCUGCAGCAGCAGGAGUGUGCUGGAUUUUCCCUCGCCCUCACAGACAUGUCCUCCGGUAGCGGGUCGAUGACUAUGACGGGCUCCAUGUCUGGCAUGUCUAUGCCGAUGGGUUCGUCGACCUCUCCCGCCUCCACCGGUAGUGGCAACGGUGCCGUCGGGCUCGUCAGCAAGCAGGGUCUCGCAGGCAUCAGCGUCGCUGCCAUCGGCGCCCUUGUGGGUGCCGUCCUCGUUCUCUAGACGACACGUACCUUCCUUCGGAAGAACAAUUUGGAGACGAAGGAGGAAGCGACUUGAAAGGAGGAACGAUUCGAUGAAUGGGUCAUGGGGUGAGCGGGAAUGAUUGAAUGAAUAGGUGGACAAGGAUGGACUGUCCGGUGAUUCAGUUUGG